AUGCCACAGUACUCUCAAGACAGAGCUAUCCGUUGUGUGCGACAGUCGCAUGGUCUCAGUAAUUUCGGUCGUUUGAGGAAAGCACUCCCGCGGCAGGAACGUGUCUAUAAGCGAGAAUGGGUGUAUGGCUUCUGGAUGAAGAAUAAGUACCUGCGACGAUUGGCAGAGAAGAAGAAACUCAACUGGCAGAAUCGGACUCCCGGACUGUGCUCUAAACUAAUGGGUGAAGUGACUCUUUCGACCGGUGUCUUUUUCAACGUACAUCCGGGAUCGUAUCGAGGACAGACUGCCAUGAUUGUUGGGUUUGUCAAAGACGAUGAGAGGCGAAGAUUGGAGCGCAAUGAGUUUUCCGAUACAGCAAUGGAAAAGGUGCGAAGGAGACUCGGACUUCCAGAGGGCACCAAACCUAGAUGGUACGAGCUCAGCGGGGUGGAAUACGAUCCAAAUGAGGAGCUCGAAAGUGAGGAUGAAGAGUUCCCCGAAUCGCCCGAGGAAAAGCAAUACAACAAUCCCGAAAUCUAUCCCAAAGUGUCUGACAACGUUGAUCUAGAAAGACUGUUUAGAUGGAUGGGGUAUUAA